UUCUGUGGCUGGUCAAAACUCCGUUGGGACUGCGUGAGAAUAUCGCUUACUCGGCAGUUGUGUUGAACAGUUUGUCGCCAAAGUUCUAUGUGGCACUGACAGGAACUUCUUCACUAAUUUCAUGUUUAAUACUGAUGUUCGAAUGGCUGUAUUAUCGAAGAUAUGGUCAGUCAUUUAUUGAAUCCUUGUCUCUUCAUUAUCUUACUCCUAUUCUUGGUGGAGCUGAUACUCUACCCACAACACCAGAUUGCAAGGUAUGGCGCAAUCCCAUGAAUUUGUUUCGAGGUGCUGAGUAUUCCAGGUAUUUGGAAGCAACUGGAAGCAAGGCAUUAACAACACAUGAUAUGGAUUUGACAAUUCAAGAUUAUCAGUCAUUCUUCACUCGUGAGCAAGAUCUUGACAGUGACAUUCAAGCUGAUGCUAUCAUGUUCAAGGCAUGGCGGGAAAAAGAAGACAGUCUUCGGAUCGGUUUGGCUGAGGAAGCUCUUAUGGUUGAUCCAAAUUGCACAACUGCUUUAAUACUGGUGGCUGAAGAGAAAGCACAGACCAUUAUUGAGGUCGAGAAGCUCUUUAAGCAUGCGCUUCGCUCAGUUGAAUCUCAGAUUAAACGUACUCAACAAAUGGUUCGAGAAGGUCAUAAGGACAGUGUACCUGAUCCCCAUCAAAAACAUGAGACUAAUCUGUGUAUUUACAUCAAACGGAGGUUGGGCAUGUGUGCAAGGAAGCUUGGGCGUUAUCGUGAAGCUGCUAAAAUUAUGAAAGAUCUAAUUAAGGAGUUUCCAAUGAUCAGUGUUUUGAAUGUUCACGAGAAUCUUGUGGAAGUUCUACUUGAGAUGCAAGCAUACUCAGAAGUCCAGCAAGUUCUGGCCAAAUACGAUGACAUAAACCUGCCAAAGUCUGCUACUAUUUGCUACACAGUGGCUCUGCUGAAAACUCGUUCUGUGUGUGAAAAGUUUAGUCUAGAAAAUGCAUCUAGAAGAGGACUGAGUUCUACUGAAAUGACUGCUGUUGAUGCAAUUCAUCGAGCUGUUGAAUUUAAUCCACAUGUACCUAAGUAUCUGCUGGAACAGAAGAGCAUUGUGUUACCACCUGAACAUAUUCUUAAGAGGGGAGAUAGUGAAGCAGUAGCAUAUGCUUUCCAUCAUCUGCAGCACUGGAAGCGUGUGGAAGGUGCACUCUCACUUCUUCAUUGCACUUGGGAAGGAGCUUUUAGACUUAUACCAUACCCUCUAGACAAGGGACAUUUGUUUCAUCCAUAUCCAGCUUGCACUGAGAAUGCUGAUCGGGAUCUGCUUCCAGCUCAUCAUGAGUUGUCAGUGUAUCCAAAAAGAGAAUUGCCGUUUUUCAUCUUGUUUACUGGAUUUUUGUGCACUUUCAUGGCUGGUUUAUCUGUCACUACGCAUCAUUAUCCUGGGUUAAUGGCUCGAGUUGCAAAGAUAACUAUGAGAUGGGUGAUGGCACCUAUUCUCUUUUUGUUUGAGAAGAUGGAAGACAUGUUGCCAGCUCAGCUUUGGCGUAGUUUGACUGACUCGUAAUGGCAGCUUUAUUUGAUGAAAUUUAUGACUUACAUCUGAAUGCAACUAACUGUAGGUUUUGACUUACAGAAUGAAUGAAAGCAUUUCUGUACCUUUUGAUCUAAGUAGCAUUUUAAUCAUUGUUUGUUUGGAAUUGGA